GCCUGUACCCAGAUUCUAUGAUUAGAACGACACUUACCAAAAUGCCAUUGUUGUGGACCAUCGACGAUGAGACUAAAUUCCAUCAAGCCAUUGCCCAAAUAUCCAAGCUGAGGCAAACCCCCCUCCAGGAAGCCAACUACCGGCAUCAGUAUCGAGGGGGCUCCCAGUCCUCUGACCAUGUUCUGCGGCUCGAAGACGAGAUGCAACUAGCUGACCAUGUUGCUUUCAUUGCUCAUAGUUCUGAAGGGUUUCCGGAAAUAGCAGCAGCUUGCAUUGAGGAGCGGCCAGACCAGCAAGGGCUUCUUAUACGACUUGCUCGUAACGAGCUACGGCGAACAGAGGAAGUCGAAAGUGUACGGUGUCUACUUCGGGUUCUAGAAGGCUGCGCAAGUGGAGUCCUACAUAGAAGCGCCGUACAGGAUCGACUUUUCAAUGAAGUGCUAGCAAUUAGUGAAAAUCGAAUCCUGCAGAGAUUGAUGCCACCCUGGUACCCUGCACCAUCUCAUUGGAAUGCGAAGCAAAGACAGCAAAGAACAUCACUGCACCAUCGCAUGACGACAUUGUUACUUCCUAAACUACGAGGAAGCAAAUUUGAAACGAUCUACCUGAAUUUUAUUCGUGCAACAAAGGCUUUAGAGCCUUUGGAAUCGAAGCAAAUCGGCCCCGACUUGCGCAAGCACGUCAAAAUCGCAAUGCAAUGCUGCGCUAACGCAUCUAUCGGCACAGACCAGAAGUCACUCGAGUUACAGUUGAAGCAUAUCCUGAACCAGCUCUCUAAGGCAGCACGAAAGGUUGUCGUCCAGGUCGACAAAAUUGCCCGAUAUCUCAACUUAAGCAGAGACCUGGCCAAGAUGGUGAUGAGAAAGGCUUAUCGCAAUAUUUUAGAGAGAUAACUCUUGAGCCUCUUCUUUCACCCUCACCUAUCCUGCCAAAUGGGACGGCGAACCUUUGUUUCGUCCACGCGGAGGUGCAGCUCUUACUGCAUUACGAGCGAGUUUUAUGCGUACCAACCCCUCGAUUCAUCGGCUGCAGCAAGUCGGCUUGCUUUCUUUGCGACUUGCUCAUUAAACGGCAUGGCAGAUUUCAAAUAUCGUUCACCCACUAACGAAUAUACCCAAAGUGGACCGUGCCAAACGUGGAUUGGAUGACACAGAAGCAGAUUGAAGCCUGGCGAAAGAUUAUUAAUGGCAUGAUGCAAGAGCUUCAGGCUAUGAUACAAAAGUUCACUGCAGACAAGGAAGGUUUCUUAUCCGCUCCGAUGGAAUCAAGGGCAUGCCUUCCUCUUUCGUCAGUUCCUAGUUCCGUCGCGAUACCUGGACGCAUGGCCGACUCAGGACCUUUCACAGGAGAGAUUCGAGGGGGUUUACCAGUGCCACAGCAGGGCCCGCGGUCCGUCAGUCAUGCUUUUCUUAGUAAGGAAUCGUCUGUACCUUUGGAAAUCUCUAGUGAUGAUCUUCCGAUUUCAUACAAAGUGUUUGUGGAUUUCCCAGGCUU